CCUGCAGGAAAGGAAAAAGGGUAAAGGUUUUACAGAAUACGGGAGUGAGACGGCCUCAUCUCUUUAGCCUUUUGGCUUCUCCCCAGCUCUGUGCUUGAAGGGUUUUUCGUUCUCUGGUCAGUGAGUUGCAAGGUGGUAAGAAGCUACGGCGUCGAGCAGCGGAGCAAGGUGGUAGUAAGCUACGGCGUCGAGCAGCGGAGCAAGGUGGAGAGUUGCUGGGGCGAUGGGUUUGGGGUUUACCGCUCAAGGAGCUGGCCCUCUCAAGACCUGUCCUCCUCCCUCGUUUUUCCACGCCUUCUCUCCACCGUUUCGGCGCCGCUCCUUCGCCUCCUGCCCCUACUCACUUCCACGAACCGGCUUCGACCGGCAGGAUAUUGGUCUCCUUGAUGGUGACAAUGUUGCAGAUAUGCAAGCAGUGAUGGGUUUGAAUCGUGGGGUGAUUGAUAAUGUCUGGAAACCUAUGAACAGUGGCCAUACUUCAAAAUAUGUAGUCCGUGCUGAUCUGAGGAUGUCUCCUACUACACUUAUCCACUUAAAUAAAAAGUCUCCCAGGACAAUACCUUCUUCAAAAGGGUGUUCUACUCCCACACAUUUUUUGGUGGAAAAACAGAUACCAAAAGCACAAGCAAAUGAGCAUCUUUCAGUGGGUACAGGCACAAUGCACGAAGGUUCAAAGUGGGUGGAUGAAGAGAUCAAUUGGUUGAGAGCAUCCAAGCUACUUGAGAAAAAUCGUAGGGUUUUAGAGCAUAUGCCUCAGAAUGGCUUUGUGUCAAAUCCUUCUGGAAGUAAUGCAACAAAAGAAGAUUCUUCAGAAAACACACUUUUAAUAACUGGCAAGUCUGAAGGUACAAGGGAUUCUAUUCCAUCUGGUUCUGGCAUUAGUGGAACAAAUUCUCAUGCAGUUGUAAUCGAGGAAGCAUUACUUGAUUUAUCUUUGCAUGCUGAAGCCUCCAAACCACGGGUUCCUAGUAAAAAGAGAGACUGUAUUUCUACGAAUGGUCAUCCACUAGGAACGGAGGUUGUCAAAAAUGAAAAAAUUCAUUAUGAAGUCAAUGGUGCUGUGCCCGGAAUUGGUUUGAACAGAAAAAACCUUGAUGAUGAAAUUUCUAAUUCUGAAGAUAUUGUUGAAGCUUCGAUAGGGAAAGAAAAUGUAAGAGAAGAGCUUGGAAGCUAUAUUUCAGAUGAUCGAAUGAAGCUUUCUUGUCUCUAUGAUAAGGUGCUUGUUGUAGACAAUGUCUCAACUGCAAAGGUAGUUGUGGAAAAGCUAAUUGGGGAGUACAGGUCUUUGGUUCAUGCAUGUGAUACAGAGGUUGCAAAAAUUGAUGUGAAGCAAGAAACUCCAGCAGCCAAUGGUGAGUUGAUCUGCUUCAGUGUCUAUUCUGGUAAAGGAACAAAUUUUGGUGAUGACAAAACUGCAAUAUGGGUUGACAUUCUUGAUGGUGGUAGAGAUGUUUUAAUGGCGUUUGCUCCAUUUUUUGAAGACCCUGGCAUUAAGAAGGUUUGGCAUAAUUAUAGCUUUGAUUUCCACGUGUUGGAGAAUCAUGGGAUCAAAGUUUCUGGGUUUCAUGCGGAUACCAUGCAUCUUGCGCGACUAUGGGAUUCCUCUCGACGCAUGGAAGGUGGGUAUUCUCUUGAAGCACUUACAGGUGAUCCAAAGGUGAUGUCUGAAUCUGGUUCACUUGAGAAGAAUAUGUUGAUGUCUGGCAAGAUUUCCAUGAAAACUGUAUUUGGAAGAAGAAAACUUAGGAAAGAUGGGUCUGAAGGAAAAAUUGUUUCUCUUGCUCCGGUUGAAGAGCUUCAAAAGAAGGAGAGAAUACCAUGGAUUUGCUACUCUGUCAGAGAUUCAAUAACUACCUUAGAUCUCUUUUUGAGCUUGAAAGAAAAGUUGAUGAAAAUGGAGUGGAAACUUGAUGGUGCUCGAAGGGGAAAUAUGUAUGAUUUCUAUGAAGAAUAUUGGCGUCCUUUUGGUGUCCUUUUGGUUGAAAUGGAAUCUGAAGGGAUGUUGGUUGACAGAAAGUACCUCUCAGAUUUGGAGAAAAUAGCUACUAAUGAGCAAAAAAUUGCUGCUGACAGGUUUAGGAGAUGGGCAUCAAAAUAUUGUCCAGAUGCAUUGUAUAUGAAUGUUGGUAGUGAUGCUCAAUUGCGUCAGCUGUUCUUUGGUGAGACUGCAAACAGCAAGGAUCCAAAUGAGCAUAUUCCUUGCAAGCGGACUUUCAGAGUUCCUAAUGUUGAUUAUGUUCCUGAGAAAGGCAAGAAGGCAGCUCCAAAGUACCGAAAUAUUGAGCUCCAUCUUCUUAAAGCUAAAAUUCGCACGGAGAUGUAUACACCCUCAGGGUGGCCUUCUGUUAGUAGUGAUGCUUUAAAAACAUUUGCUGGGAAGAUCUCUGCAGAACUUUAUGAUGUCAUGGGCGAUGAUUAUGAUUUUCAGUCUAACAAUGACAAAGCAGGUGACGUAGAGCAAGAAGCAAAAUCUGUUGCACAAGUUAGUGAAGAUGAAUCUGUAUAUGGAUCAGCAUUUCAUGCAUUUGGAGGUGGCGAGGAGGGGAAGAAAGCAUGUCAUGCUAUUGCAGCUCUUUGUCAGAUGAGCUCCAUUGAUGCCCUAAUAUCGAACUUCAUUCUGCCUUUACAGGGAAAGGAAAUAAUGGGAAAAAAUGGGCGUAUACAUUGUUCAUUAAAUAUCAAUACUGAGACUGGGCGGCUAUCUUCUAGGCGGCCAAAUUUGCAGAACCAGCCUGCCUUGGAGAAGGACCGUUAUAAAAUUCGACAAGCAUUUGUAGCAGAACCUGGGAAUUCUCUUAUCGUUGCUGAUUAUGGGCAGCUGGAGCUGAGAAUUUUGGCCCACCUUUCAAACUGCAAGAGUAUGCUGAAUGCCUUCAGAGCUGGUGGAGAUUUCCAUUCAAGGACUGCUAUGAAUAUGUAUACUCACAUACGAGAGGCUGUGGAGAAAAAUCAAGUUUUGCUUGAGUGGUCCCCAAAACCUGGUGAAGAGAAACCUCCUGCUCCUCUUUUGAAGGAUGCUUUUGCCUCAGAAAGAAGGAAAGCGAAGAUGCUUAAUUUUUCUAUUGCCUAUGGGAAGACAGCAGUGGGUCUUGCUCGUGAUUGGAAGGUUUCUAUUAAGGAAGCAAAAGAAACAGUAGAACUUUGGUACAAGGAAAGGCAGGAGGUACUUAAAUGGCAAGAAGAGCGCAAAAACGAAGCUCAUAAAAAACACUCUGUUCACACAUUGCUUGGAAGGGCUCGUCGUUUUCCCUCUCUGGACAAUGCUAGUAGUGCCCUUAAAUCCCACAUUGAACGUGCGGCUAUCAAUGCUCCGGUGCAGGGGAGUGCAGCAGAUGUUGCUAUGUGUGCAAUGCUUGAAAUAUCUAGGAAUUCAACUUUGAAAGAGCUAGGGUGGAAGUUAAUACUGCAGGUUCAUGAUGAAGUGAUACUGGAAGGACCCACUGAAACUGCAGAGCUUGCUAAAAGCAUAGUUGUUGAGUGCAUGUCAAGACCUUUCUAUGGGACCAACUUUCUCAGGGUUGACCUGGCAGUUGAUGCUAAAUGUGCAGCCAACUGGUAUUCGGCUAAGUAGGAAGAGGCUGAACUGUCUUGGCUACUUCAAUGGGCUUGAAGACUUUACAUCCUUUAUGCUCGACAAGGUGAAAAUACGGUUGAACCCAUCACAGGGUGGUUCUUUCGGGUGCACUAACCAUGAUGUUGUGGAACUGGUCAGCAGCAGUGAGACAUGUUUACUAGCCUGCUUGAUGUUGGAUCGUCUUCCCAGUGUUGUGUUGGAACGGACAUCUCCAAAGAGGGUGCUAAGAAGACUUUUCCUGCGUAGCUCAAGCAAUGUGCCCACAAUGCAUACCAGCAUGUACACUGGAAGCUGCUUCAUGGGAAGUUAUAGGCUUAACAUGGACGUUAUCUUGCAUCUUUCGGCUUACAUGUAAAAUUCAUUUUCCUUCCAAUUUACGAAUAUGUUCUACACUGGAUUGUGAUUGCGCUGAUGCGCAGCCACGUGAGAAAAGGACAAGGUUCGAGUUUCCGUUGUGGCCGUGUAUAUAAGUUGUGGUAAGACUUAACCACCGAAACGACGCUUAUUUUAUUGGCUAUCGAAAUCCUUAUUUUGAUUCAUGAA